GUGUGUUUAUCUUAUUGAGAGCCUUGCUACCUCUGAUUGUGCUUUGUGCUUUCAAGUGUUGGCAGUGAACAUUAGUUUUCCUGUAGAAGGCUUGCUGUUGCCACCCCCUUCUUCCCAGCCAAUGAUGACUCGGUCACCUCUUUGAAGACAGGCAUGAUCUGUCUUUCUGAAGUGACGCCACUCUGAGGCACCUUACCCACUCCCUAAUCUUUGAGUUGCUUAGAUUUAGCAUAAUUCCCAAACUAUAAAGUGUAUUGGUGAUAUGAGUAGCCAGGUGUACAAAAAUAAAGCUUACAAGAUCUGCAUUACAUGAUCUACAAACUCUACAUCUCUCACAAAAAUAUCUCAAACAGGAUAUUGGCUAUCCUCAUUUGCUGUCGAAUCAGGCCCAGUAUUUUGUGAAGUUCGACUUAAUUUUUCAUUGUAUCAUCUAAUCAACCAUCACACUUAGUGGCCGAUUCCAGCGAUACUAGCUGCUUGCUGGCACUCACGCCAUGUCUGAGCCAUUGGCAAAAGGUAAAACGAAUGAAAAAUUCAGUGGAUUGUUAGAAAAUACAGCCCUGUGUUUGUAGUACAGACUGCUGAACAAGUGCUCUACUAUUUUGAGGCUUCAUGACUAAUAUGCCCAUAAAGACUCUAAUGUGCCUGUGUAUUAAAAUCUCUUUCUUUUCAGGGUAUGCAGACUGUUCAAUCUGUGCCUGUGAUGCGCUGGAGGUGGUCCCCACAUUGACUUUGUGUGUUUAUGGACUAUGCGUUUGACGACAUGCAGUGAAUAUAUAGUUCUUUCGGGGCUAGCUGAAAGCAGAACCCAGGUCGAACAACUGCAGCUAGAAGGCUCAAGAAAUGCUGCUGGCAGCCACAGCACAGAGGAGCUUCAAAACAGAUACCCUACAGUCUACUGCGAGAAAACAGUCUUCAUCACUCUCAAAAAAGAGCCCUCAUCGUUUGAAGCAACGAGACAAGACGAGAGAACAUUGCAAAAAGUGGGCCCUGGUGUCAAGCCAUCACAGCAAUACACUGCCCAGACAUCACAGUCCAAACAGGCUAACGCCACUGAUGGAAGGAGCAGUCUGCUCCCCGCAGCAGCCCGGAGGGCUUCCAGCAGUUUGGACACAAGACGGGCCGGCUCUCAUUGUCACAGCUGCCAUCUCUGCCCAAAGGUGUUCGCUUCGAAGGACCGCCUGGAAGCCCACCUCAACACCCAUCCGUCGUACUGUCCGCACAAGUGUGACCACUGCUCCGAGGUGUUCACCAACGUGCGGCUGCUGGAGUUGCACACCAGGUGGCACCACAAGUGUGCAUACCAGUACAAAUGUAGCCUGUGCCUGCUCUCCUUCGCGACUGAGAGGUCGCUGACCGCGCAUCUCACGAGGCAGGACCCAGGGAACAGCAAGGUCCAGUGCCGGCUGUGUUCGAAGUGGUUCGACAGCUGCCGGGCGCUGCUGGAUCACAGGGCGGAGCACUUCGCACCUUGACGACUGCGAUGUUGCCGCACCUGCUGCAUGACAGUUCAUUUUUUCUGCCUCCAUGUGCAAGGAGACUCAGUCGUGCGUUAAGUCAGCGACAUUUUCUGCUAUAGAUUUUUAAGCUAGCAAGCAGAAGUGAUCUGCUUAUGCUCUGGGUUAUCCAGAGUAUCAGUUUUACGAAGAACAGAGCUUUUGAAAGAGAAAACAUGUAUACUGAGGGUUGCAUAUGUAGAAAACCUUUCUGCUAUACCAAUGGGUAUUUCACUCUUAUAAUGAAGAGGUGUAGCAUUUUGCGAUGGGUUUAGUUUGCUACCGCAUUUACCAGCAUUACUUGCUUGUUUCAUUCGCAGUAUAGCCAAAGCAUAUGUGCUCUACGACUAUGUUGAUUUUGCAACCACUAAAUAGCGGCGCAAUCUCUCACUGUUAAGGUGAAAGCCACAUAUCACCAUAUCAAAUUGGACCCACUGCAAAAUGCUACCUCUCUGCAAAGCUUGAACAGUAAUUCGACAGCAAGUUAGCAAUUUACAGAAAUGUGUAUAACUGGUGCUCCUUUUGUAUUCAGCACUCAGUGUUACAUAAUACACAUUCCUGCCACCACCAUGAAACUACAUGUUUAAGAACCCCAGAUAGUCCAAAUUAUUCCACAGUCCCCCACUACGGUUUGUUUCAUUGUCAUAUCGAUGUUUUGUCAUGUAAAACCCCUUUAUUUAAUAAAUUUUCAACCAUAAAAUUACAGUAGUGUUUACUGCACACGUGCACAAACUGUUGCAUUUAAAUGACUGCUUCAGUGUAUUCGUUUGUAUCUAUUUUGGCGAAACAAUGAGCCAUUUUGAAUGUUGUGUUUUUCUGGAUGUUAAAGGCCUACAUAAGAGACUCUCCUGGCAUGUCUUUCUUCAGAAGCCGAUUUUAGAGUUUACAGAAUUUCAAGCUAAUCUGCAUUGCCUGUGUUCUGUUUUACCACUUUGUAGAAAGUAGUGGCUAAAAUGUCGCACUGCUCACACUUGCCUGUCAUUUGCAUUUUAUCUGAUGGCACAUCCAUCCAUUCUACUGGUGAUAAUAAUUAUUGAUAGACAAGCUUGUCACUUUAAGAUGGUAGCAGUGGCAUGAAUGACUAACUUAUCGAAGGAGUGUGGAUGGGAAAUCUAGUGAAACAUUACGCAUUAAAGUGACGAAAAGGUGGAAUAUUGUUUAAAAGAUGUGCAGUGAACUAUAAUGCCAGGAUUCCCAGUAAAUACAUAUGUAAGCAAUUUCAUGGAAAUCCAUCCAGAAUGAACGUGCUCAGGAAAGGGCUUGUCAUCAAAUGUGCCGAUUCUAGCGUGAGGGCUUUCGAAGCCCAGGUGAAACGUCAGCAAAGAGCAGCAGACCCAGAGUUACAGGAGCGCGAUGUUGAGGCCAAAUUUCAGCGUUGUCUUGUCCUCCAGGAAACCAGCAACGGUGGUGCAUGCCUCGGCAAUGCUAGCGCCAACUUUCCCGGUGCAAUGGCCAGGUUUCAACACAAUUUUCUUAACUGGAACUUCGGAGCCAGCUGCAGUGUGCGCUACCGGUUGUUGUUCGAGCACAACAUGGUACUCGUCAAUGCAAUUUGUUUGGAGGAACACCAAGUAAACACACGACAAGCUUCGCUUGCCCCCAUUUCCUCAACAGGGGAGGGGCUACUGAUUUUUUUUAUAUCACCUAAUACCAAGAGUAGAUGUGUUUUGUACGUGAGCUGUAUGUUUUAAUUUUUCUUCAUGUACAAAACGUAUAGGGCCAGUGAUCUAGUCAGCUGUGGUAUGGCACUAUUUUUUCCUGGCCUUUUAAUUUCCUGUACAAAGGAAUCUGGGAAUGUCAAACAGAUGAAAAAUAUCUUUAAUGUGGUUGAAUGCAGUGUAAUUGAAAACGCUACUGGUAGUGCUACAACUGCCUUUGUCUCUGGUGCCCGAUAAACAGUAAAACGCAUAUGAGUGCACUUCAACUCUCUGUUAUGAAUGUUCGGGGUAUAACCACUCAUCUCAGACAACGAACUUCACGUUAUAUGCGAAUGUGAACUCCCAUACAAGUGCCUGGUGUAUACGUUUGUGCGCAAACCACCUAGAGCUGCAAAUUGUCAGGUUCAGAGCAACCAACUUACCGCAUUCGUGCCUUUUAACAUAUCAGCUCGAAAAUUUGGUUGUAAACACCCAAGAAAGGCAGGCUUUGCACCUGGCAAGGUUGUCAGUUUGUAGACUGUGAGCCUUGCAGACGUGUAGUAGUAUCCCACGUUUGGGGCGUACUCAGAUACUGCCUAAUGGCUGGUGAAAAUGCAUUUAAAUGUACUGGGCUUCGCUUUCUCAGUGUUCUUGUUAGUGUGAGCAUAACCAUGAAAUGGCGUGUCGAUUUCAUGCUAAAAUUUUGUGCUCACAGACUGUUGCAGGUGUGACUGUUCAUGCUGGAGGAGAAGUUGGGUUCCUGGGAAAAGGAAAAGUGGCUCACUUUUUUAUUUGCUGCAUUUGACACGAAAGUCACAUGCUGCAUACUUUCAACAUGUUAUUCCAAGUUUGGAGUGUUUUGUUUGCCAGUAUUUUGUAGGCUAACAAAAAAAACAGUACAUUCCCCUGUGCAUGCAUUGUUGUAUUUUGUGUAUAAAACAGCAUCGCUAGGAUUACCGUAUUUAUUCAGUUAUAAGGCGGUCACUAUUAUAAGGCGAGGGUGCCAGUUGGAGGACCCAAGAAAAAAAAUAUUGCCUUAUAGUGUGGCUUCACAGCAUCACGGCACGCGCUACCAUCAAGCCACAUUAUAAGGCGAAAUUCGCGCUGCCGUGAAGCCAUACCUAAAGGCAAAAUUUGGCUGGGGGUGACUUCGAGGCUAAAGACUCUGGGAAAAAUACCUCGCCUUAUAUUCGAAUAAAUGCGGUAUACACUUGUACUCAUGGUCAGUGUGCAGUUAUGUUCGUAAAUUGCAUAGUUCUGCGCAUGUUUCAUUCCUUGCUUUGAAUAUUAUUAAGUUGUUCCACUUGUGCUCAAAUUUUUGGUGAUUAUAGAAAGGUUUGUUGUGCUCCAAAGCAAUCUGCACAUGUGAGGUCAACGUGCAGUGUGGUUAUAUCUGUACUUUGCGCAGUUGUGCAAAUGCACUGUUGCUCACUUUAUUUAUAUGUCAUUUCAUUUGUAUUCAGAUUUUCUGUCUUUUUAGAAAUGCUUGUUUUGCUCCGAAGUACAUCUGAGUUUAGUCAGUGCUCUUUAUUUCUUUUUAACUCUUGUUGUUACCUUCAGUUUGGAAAUAAACGAGGUAUCCCGAAACCAUUUCAUAUGCCAUGAAAAGUGUUCACAGUGGAAAUACAUAAGCCUCACGGAUCUGUGGCAUUCUU